GGUAUUCCCCACUUUCGGUUCAGAAAUCAUUUUGGAAGGUACGAAUAUUUAUGACUGCUCGAUUUGUGCUAGAAAUAGGUCUUGUAAUGUUCCAGAAACAGAGGCCCGAGGGCAAUGGAGAUCCAUACAGUGCAAGGCUUCAUGUCCGAGAUACGCUUCUCCAGUUUCGAUUUCCUUGGAAUAAAACAUCAUAUCCUAGGCGACCUAAGUCAGCUGAGGAUGUUGAUUGUGUUCCUGGUUGGUUGCCUGUUGUUCUACGCGUGCCUCAUGUUCUGUAUGGUCAUUCUUGACAGACAGAUGUGUACACGACAGACAAACAUUGGCAGGAAGGUGAAACACCUCCUGCUGCAUCUGUGGAAGAUGCCGCGCUUUGUGAAGACCUUCACAGUAAGAAGCAUCCGAGGAGGAUGGUCGAUGUCAAGACGAUGUCGUUCUGCACUCAGUGGCUUGGGGCGAUCUCUUUUGGAUAUUUCAAGACAUAUGAGGACAAUACAGUUAAUUGUGAAACUGAUCUGUUUUCUGGCACCACCUCCCGCGAUCAGAUGUAUGCAAUAUAGUGGAGAACAGCAUAUGAACGAGCAACUUAAUGCAGAUAAAUGUCUCUCCCAUGAAGAGCCGACAAUGGAAGCAAGGAAAGGUAUUUCUCACGCACCGGCCCUCAUGCAUCCGAUGUCCAGCUUGGUCAAACCACAGGAUGUAUCAGACGUGUGUGGAGCAGACGACAACGCCUACUGGCGGGAAGUGCAGCAGUGUCCCGUUCCUGUACAUAUACCAUGGCUGUGUAGAGUGCUAGUGUCCUUUCCAGGUAACAGUGCCACCUGUCUGGUAUGUCUGAGAUCUACCCAGGAAGGGCCAUGCCACCGGUUGUUCAUAUUUCGUGUGUUUGCGGUUACUCGGGCAAUAUCUCAUCACACCAGACUUUCAAAACAAGAUCUUCCCGCGGCUCUUCGCUUUGGCCCACUGUGUCAGGUAAUUCUCGUGGGUGAACUACUGGUCGUCACUACCUCAACGUUCUUCGUCUUUCUAUACCUAAUUAACAAACUGGACCGACAACGACACAUACGGGACAGGAACAUCAGGCGUCGACUACAACAACUGAUACUUCACAUUUAUAUUUACUGUGGGGCAAGGUUCCUGGCGGAUAUUGCGAUGUCGAAGUACGUGAAGAUUUGUGAGUGGAUUGGCCGACAGGGCUACAUGAACAUAGAUGAACAACGGGAGAACUUGGAGGGAUUGGAUGAGAGACUGGAGGAGAGGCUGGAGGAGGGGCUGGAGGAGAGGCUAGAGGAGGGAUUGGAUGAGAGACUGGAGGAGAGGCUGGAGGAGAGACUGGAGGAGAGGCUGGAGGAGAGGCUAGAGGAGGGGCUGGAGGAGAUGCUGGAGGAGAGGCUGGUUGAAGCUGGUUGUGACUGCGAUCCAUUUGCUGGUAUAAAGAGGUCUCACGUCGUCGAUGAUGAUCAAGCCAAUUUCGAGUUUGUUUUUGGCUGAGUCAGAGGGUUGGUCUAAGUCCUUUUAUUCUUAUAAUGGGACAUCACACGUUGUGGUCUACCAAGCACUGACUUUAUGCGUUGUGAUCGCGUUGUCUUUGGGCCUUUGGCGAAACUUAAAACUACUAUCUUACAACAGGGAGUCAUUUGAUAACGGGUGGCAAUUACGUAUUUGCCUGCUGUAGGACAUUUUCAUAGUAGCCUUUUGUUUUGUCCUCCGUGAUCUCAUCGACUAACCGGAAGACUCAUAAUGUUUGAAUGACAUGCAAUGCAUACCGUAGACAUCCUCAAUGUAAACAUGAGCCUUAAUAUGAUAUGUGUACAAAUAACGGGGUCCUCCCGAUAACAUUUUGAAAGAAGUAGGGUUGGGUAACCAGUUACCUUAUUCAACAACAUGUAGUCAUCAUCCCUCAAAGUUACAGUUUACACUGAAAUACCUCGGUAAGUCAAUGGUAAAUAUACAAGGGAUAUCAUUCAAACUGAGAACAGAUAUUCUAUGCAAUCAACGUUGUUGACAAGGUCCAUGUAUGUACCUCAUUCAAUUACAUCUCUUGCAUGCCAUCUUCCAACCUACCUCAUGAUGUACGUAGCUGUUUUUACACUGAUGAUUCAAAAUCAUUAGGAGAACAUGAGACUCUAAACCAGCACUAGUAUGAAUCCUUCAGUCAGUUGGUUUUCUGACCACACUUACAUGUAUUCUUUAUGUACAUUAUCAGAACAGUGGAGAAUACAUGAUAUUAUACAUCUACUGAUCUAUGACAUGAAUACGACCUGCGUGUGUUGUGCACAUAUCAGAGUUCAUUGUAGUCUCCGACUGGAAAAUAGCAUUUUUCCUAUUCAUAAAUAAUUAUUCAUUCUACCUCAUAAUACAUUUUUUAUUUGUUUCUCUUUACUGUUGGUCCUGUUUCAAGGGUUGUCAAUAAUAUUUUAUAUAAUGAACCGUGCAGCUAAUUAUAACAUUUUCCAGUGGCAGCACUUGUUACAAAAUGUAUAACCUAUGGACCAUGCUCUGUGCCAGUGAUAUCAACAUUUUGGCGUCGGAAAAACUAUGUUUUUUGGUAUUGGAACUGAAAUAAUUUUAUUUCUUUCAAAACUGCUUGUACCAUCUUUGAUUGUAAGAUUUUAGUACUGAUUCAUUUAUAUGGGUCCGAAAUUUGGGGAACUAAGUAUUUUCACUGUAUAGAAAAGGAUCAUGCAUCAUAUUUUAAAUGCUUCCUAAAUUUGGGAAAGUAUGCUUCAAAUAAGGCUGUAUUAGGGGAAAGUGGGCGUUGCAAUAUAUUUGUACUCACCAGAUUAAGAGUAAUACAAUUUUGGCUGAAAUUAUUAAAAAUGGAUUCUUAUAGGUACCCUAGGCAAAGUUAUAUUUUCCUAAAGCUACAAGAUGAUAUUGGCAAGCUUAAUUGGGCAUCAGAGGCUAGACAGUUACUUUUUUCGACUGGAUUUUCUCAUGUGUGAAUUUCACAAAAGUUUGGAAAUGAAUGUAAUUUUUUAUAUGGUUUUAAGCAACGACUUCAGGACAUUUUCUUCCAAGAAUGGUCUAUGUCUAUAAAUAAUUCAAGUUUUGUAGAACGCUAUUCUUCUCAUAAAGUUUUAUAUUAUGAAUCUACAAGACAAAUAGUUAAUACGGGCGUUGUGUAAAUUUAGAAAUGGCUUCCAUGAUUUUAGAAUUCACUAAUCACGCAAGCCCAAUAGAGCUUUCAGUGAUGUAAAUGAGUCCAUCUGUAAACCUUGUAAUACAGGUAAUAUGGAAAGUGAAUGUCAUGUAAUAUUUGUGUGUACCAAGUAUUCAGAUUUACGAAGUAAGUAUUUAUCAUUUAUAUCAGCACCUGUAAGAGAUAAACAAAUAUUGUCCAGUCUGUUAAAUUCUAAAAAUAUUGACAUUAUCAAAUCUAUUGCAAUUUAUUUAAAACAUGUCUUCAAUGCAAGAAAUGUCACCACCACCACGUGCAUUUAAUUGUAGCAAGUGUAUUUGUACUAUAGGCCUUUAGGCCCGAAAUACUGAAUAAAAAUUAAUCUGAAUCUGAA